UUCCCUCCAAUUUAUCUCAGCUGUUCGGUUGUUGGUUGAAAAUUUUAGGUUCUUUGUCAAAUUUCACUUUAGGUUCACGUCAAUCUCAGUUAUAGAGUAUUAAGUCUUGUUAUUUUUAAUAUUUGUAAGUAGCGUAAAGUCGUACUCAUUCUUAAAAUGAAUUUUUAUCACUUCAGACCUUCUUGUAAAGUUAUAAAACGAAGUCGAGCUAGAAAAGGUCCGUUUCUUACUAAUCACGACGACGAAGUGUUAAAUGCUGUCCUUAAUUGUCCUGAAAUGAAUCUAAAACACGGUGUAGUUGAUUUAUCUAAUUUUGGUAUUGCGUUUAAUUACUCUCGAAAAGUAUUCGUGGGAGGUUUGCCGUUAGAUAUUACAGAAGAAAUGGUGAAAGAUACCUUCAGCAGAUUUGGUGAUUUAGUCGUGGAUUGGCCUUAUAAAGAAGAUACGAAUUCUAUAAUACCACCGAAGGGUUUCGCAUUUUUGUUGUUUGAGCACAACGCUUCGGUCGAUGCCUUAAUGCAAUUCUGUGAAAAGAGAACCGACGGAUAUUACAUUAGACUUUCCUCAGCAAAAAUUAAAAAUAAAAACAUUCAAGUUAGGCCGUGGAAACUUUCCGGUGCAGACCAUGUAUUCAUUACCGACCUAUCUGAUCUGGAUGAAAGAAAUACUAUUUUUCUCGGUGGAGUUCCUCGAACUGUUUCUGCAAAAGAAUUAGGUCUUAUGCUGACUCGAAUUUUCGGUAAUGUUUCAUACGUGGGUAUUGAUACAGAUUCAGAAUAUUUCUAUCCGAAAGGUGCUGCUAGAGUGACGUUUGAAAGUCGAUCUAGUGUUAUUUCGGCUGUUAGAAAGCGUUUUUUGAUGCCUACCGAAACUAAAACUCGUAAAAUGAUGGAAAUAAAACCUUACAUCUUGGAUGAUCAGCCAUGCGACGAAUGUAAUGCCAAAGUCGAAAAAUCUCCCAAUUUAUUUUGUCCUGAACCUGAAUGCUUAACGUAUUACUGUGAAUUUUGCUGGACUACGAAACAUGCUUCGUCUGAUAGUUCGCAUCACAAACCGCUGAUCAAGCAAGGUCUUGAAGAUUACGUAAGUUCUUUGAAAAAGCGAGGAUUUGAUUAAGUUUGCAAUUACCAAUUCAAUGGUUCAUUUUAAAUGUAGGUUAUUAGUUAAUUGAUUUUACUGAUGUAAAAAUGUAAAAUGCCAUGUUGAUUUAUUAGUGAUUUUUGUGAUUUGUUUAUUGUUAAUAUUUAUUUAUUUUCGGGAUUCUAUCCAUUUUAUGAAAUGCGAUUUUUCUGUUUCUUUAUUUAUUCACUUUUUUAUUUAUUUAUUUAUUUAUUGAAAUUGAAAUGUUAGAUUAUUUAUGCUCUUUUUUCAAUUCUCGGCAGUCGACGGUGUGUAGUUGUGUACCAAUCUAUUGGUAAUUUGUAUUUAUUUUGUAACUUCUACUACAAAAUAGAUUGUUCAUACGCGCGUUUGAUAA